AUGGCGCCAAAGAGCUGUUCUCUCGAAGCAGCAGCAGCAGCAGCAGCAGCAGCAGGAGGUUCUACGAGGCCCCCCCCGUCGAACUCGGAGACAGAUCUCGAGUCUCCUCCACUGUUGUUCGGCUCCACGAAGGAGCUCGCUUUUAUUACAAACAUCCAGUGUCUCCUCCGAAGCCAACUCUUUAUCCCGAGAAGGAGCUCCACGCCGCGCUGCCGCCCCGCGGCAGAGCCCGAGUGCCUGCACUGCGCAGUGUCCCCCAUAGUGCGGGCGCCCGGGAAGGGGCCCCCCUGGGGGCCCCCCGGGGGCCCCCCCGGGGGGGCCCCCUGGGGGCCCCCCGGGGGCGUGAUCCAAACGGUGGUGGUGACCGUGCUAAAACCCUUUUUGGUGGUUCCGGAAGUGGUGCUGGAAGUGGGACUCCCGAAUGGAGAAGAAGAGAGGAAUGUGUUUGCACUUCCUGUAGUGCUUUCGCAGUUCAUGAGGCCCCUGCGGCUGUCUCCCGCUGCGCUGCUGCAGCUGUGGUUCGACGGGGGCCUCCACAGCAGACUCACCGCGCUGCGGCUGGCCCCUGCUGUUGCUGCUGCGGGGGCCCCCCUGCUGCAGCAGAUUGUGUCUCUGGGGGGCAAGCUGGGGCUGGUCUGUGGGGUCCGCCACAGACUGGCCGAGAACUCUUUGCUGGCAGCAGGAGAGUUCCCAGCAAUAGGGGACAUGCAGGGGGACUGCAGGGCCCUCGUGCGCCUCUGGAGGGGCCCCCACCCCGCUGCUGCUGCUGCUGCUGCAGCAGCAAAACUCGAAGUCAAGGCCCAGGACCCCAGGGUCGCCGCCAGCCUCUACGAGCUCCUCGUCUACCUCCUCGAGGGCUCCGAAUAA